UGGACUGGAAGGGGCGGAGGUAUCCAGCAGCGGCCAGUGGUGUCUGCCUGCAGUCCCCCACCCCCUCCACGCAGAGCUCCCGACACGCGCGCCUGGAGAGGGCCCAAGAGCGGCGGCAGGGCUAGCUGUUUUCGAGCUCCGGUACCGCUGCCAUCUGCUUUACGAGACGUCCGCGUGUCCCCCGCGGCUCACAGCUCCACGUCGGCCACCAUGGAGGCGCAGGCACAAGGCUUGCUGGAGACGGAACCACUGCGAGGAAGAGAUGAGGAUGUGAUAGCCAGUGCUGACUUCUCUAGCAUGCUCUCUGAGGAGGAGAAGGAAGAGUUAAAGGCAGAAUUAGUUCAGCUAGAAGACGAAAUCACAACAUUGCGACAAGUUUUGUCAGCGAAAGAAAGACAUCUGGUUGAGAUCAAACAGAAACUUGGCAUGAACCUGAUGAACGAGCUAAAGCAGAACUUCAGCCGAGGCUGGCACGACAUGCAGACCACAACUGCGUACAAGAAAACACAUGAGACUUUGAGCCAUGCAGGGCAGAAGGCCACAGCAGCCUUCAGUAAUGUGGGAACCGCCAUCAGCAAGAAGUUUGGAGAUAUGAGGUCUCACUCUAUUGGGUACUCCAUUCGCCAUUCCAUAAGUAUGCCUGCCAUGAGGAAUUCUCCUACUUUCAAAUCAUUUGAGGAGAGGGUUGAGACAACUGUCACAAGCCUCAAGACGAAAGUAGGCGGGACAAACCACAGUGGAGGCAGUUUCGAGGAGGUCCUGAACUCCACGGCACAUGCCAGCUCCCAGAAUGCUUCAGGAGGCCCGCGGCAGACCCCGGAUGAGGAGCUCCAGUGCUAGGUCCAGCCAGCCUGGGCUGCAGGUGGCAGGUCUGAUUGCUCAUCUCCUGAUUCGAAGACCAAAAUCCCACUGGGAAACCAAGUUUUGAUAUUGUUGUUUAAACGGCCUCUCCCAAAAGUUUAAUAAAGUGAUUUCCAUUGGCAUUUGUGUUUAUGAUGGACCACUUGACCAUCACAACGCAGUAUUCACAAGUGUCGUCAUUUAAAAAUGGCCAACUGGAGUAGGUUCAUAAUUAGUCAUAAUCCUUGUCUGGGAACUCAAUGUGUAUAUCCAAACAUGCAGCUACAAUUCUUAGCUUUGGUUUUUGCUUGGUCUCCAUAACAAUGUGCAUGUCUUUGAGGACUGAGUUGUGUGCCAUCAGUCUGAAGAUCAAGAGGUGGCACUCUUUGAGACUGUCUCCCGCAGUAAGCCAAGCUACUACAAACGUCACCAAACUGCUUGUCAUCUCUCUCACCUACAUCAACUAUGUACACUUAUUUAAGUCAUUAAA